UUUAACACUUGUCUUCGUGAGUGAAAUGUAUCAUAUAUAAAAUAUAAGUAAAAGGUGAUCGAUACUCUUCUAUUUUCUAUUUCAAACCAGAACUUUAAUUAUAAUGGCUCUAGUGGCAGAACCACAACGACCUAGCUUAGAUCUGCUUGGAAACAUCUAUCGAUACUAUUUAGUUUUCAACGUUCUGUGGAUACUUCGUUCGAGUUGGAUCGUUUACGUACUUCGCAAGCCAUUUAUAGAAACAAUGAAGACAAUUUAUUUAGCUAUCAUUGCCGGUAAUUUGGGCAUGAUGUCGUACGGUCUUUUCUUCGGUUGGUCGUCGCCAUCGCUGCCUCUCUUGUUGCAAGAAGACAGCCCCGUGCCGUUGACGAGACAGGAAUCCGCGUGGGUGGCGGCUAUCCAGACUCUCGGCGGAUCCGUGGGCCCAUUGCUCUUCGUUCACAUAGUGAACGUGAUCGGCAGGAAGUGGUCGCUGCUUCUUACCGGGGUCCCAGGGAUAGUGGGAUGGUUGAUGAUCGCUUUCGCGACGUCAGCCUGGGAGUUAUACAUAGCGAGGUUCUUCCAUGGAUUAAGCAGCAGCUGCGGAUACGUGGUCUGUAUGAUGUAUACAGGUGAAAUUUCGCCAGCCAGCAUACGAGGAGUACUGACGGCGGCGUUAACCGUGUUCGGGAAGAUUGGAGUAUCCUUCGAAUGGACUAUAGGUCCCUUUCUUACCGUGAUGGAGCUAGCCAUGACAUCCUUGUCCCUGUCAAUUUUGUUUGUUGUUUGCACCCUGUGGAUACCAGAGUCUCCCUAUCACCUGAUGCGCCGUGGGAGACAUCAGGAAGCGAUCCAUACUCUGGCGCAAUUGAGAGGGACCACGAACGUCUCCGAAGAGGCGACGGCGAUCGAGAAAUCCGUGGAAUUGGAUUUGGCCAACGACACCGGAUUACGGGAGCUACUCUGCGUGUCAGGAAAUCGCAAAGCGAUAAUAGUGGUGGUGACCCUGGUCGUAGUUCAACAGUGGAGCGGCAGCAUGGCUAUAAUGUCUUACGCUCAACAAAUCCUCGACACGACUAAGGAGAACAAUGGCAAAUAUAUAACUAUGAUAUUGGGCGCCGUGCAAGUUGUGAGUACCAUAAUCGGCAUGUGUUUGGUGGACAGAUUCGGCAGAAGGUUGUUGCUGAUUGUCUCUGCGUUCGGGACGUUCGUUUCGACGACGCUCGUCGGUUUGUUCUUUUAUCUCCAAGACAGACAAUUUGACGUGGACAAUAUCCUCUUGCUACCAUCGAUUGGAACGAUACUUUACAUCGUAUCGUACACUUUGGGGUUGGCCGCUGUCCCGUUCACUAUGAUAAGCGAAGUUUUUCCUACGAACGUGAAAGCCCUCGGCAGCACGAUCGCGAUGUUCUUUUGCAAUUUCACCUCUUUCUGUGUUACCGCGUCUUAUCCAAGAAUCGCCGACCAGUUCGGCCUGUACACCUCGUUUUGGAUAUUUUCCGCUAUCAGCCUCGCGGGCGUCUUUUUCACGUACUUUUACGUGCCCGAGACGAAAGGGAAAACGCUCCAGGAGGUGCAGAACCAGUUACACGGUCGAAAAUUGGUGUAGACUGGUUUCUCGUAUGUAUUUCUUGUGCCACCUUUUCGCACAGGAGCACAUGAAAAAACGUACCGAAAAUAAGCCCCUCGAAUUAGGCAACCUGUACUGACAGAUCUGUCAGACCGGCUGCCUGUCCGUAGGCGCAAACGUGCCACCUCCUCGCACAUCAUGUGCUCCUGAUACUAAAAUCCAAAAUCAGCCAGAAUUCCGAAAUGUACUGAAAAUAAGCCCCUCGAAUUAGGCAACCUGUACUGACAGAUCUGUCGGACCGGCUGCCUGUCCGUAGGCGCAAACAUGCCACCUCCUCGCGCAUCAUGUGUUCCUGAUACCAAAAUCCAAAAUCAGCCAGAAUUCCGAAAUGUACCGAAAAUUGGCCCCUUGAAUUAGGCAACCUGUACUGACAGAUCUGUCGGACCGGCUGCCUGUUCGUAGGCGCAAACGUGCAACCUCCUCGCACAUCAUGUGGUCCUGAUACCAAAAUCCAAAAUCAGCCAGAAUUCCGAAAUGUACCGAAAAUUAGCCCCUCGAAUUAGGCAACCUGUACUGAUAGAUCUGUCGGACCGGCUGCCUGUCCGUAGGCGCAAACGUGCCACCUCCUCGCACAUCAUGUGCUCCUGAUACCAAAAUAUAAAAUUUCCUGAGAAUUUCGGUACGUACCUAGUAUUCCUCGUGCCACUUCCUCGCAUAUCAUGUUCGCCUGAUACAAGAAUAAAAAUUCUAUCUCGAAACUUACCUAUUGUAUCCGGAUCUCAUGAACAGCGGAAAGAUGUGUCAGGGUAAGGAGGGAAAUUAAUAGGAAACAUUCUUGAAAUUGAAGAGAAAUAAAGGGAACUGUCUGGAGCCCUUAGGAGUUGUUAAGAGAUAAUGGGGUGGAGGUGGGAGGUGUUAGGGGGUGUUUGAAGGACGAGACGUGAUUUUUACGAUCUCGAUCUUGAUCUGAAAAAAUGUCGAAACAUGCAUAUCGAUCCCGAAUUUUCGACAGUUCAAAAUGUGCACACAUUCUCGGAAUAUAUUACUAAAGAAUUGAAUAUCAACACUUGUAAUACACAUCUUUAUUUUAUUAGAAACGAUAUACAAUUUUUGCAGUUCUUAGAUUAUACGGGUUUAAUGAUUCCAUUCCAGAAUGCAAGUACAUUACAAAUAGGAUAAUUUUAUAUAAUGCAAGAAAACAACAUUUCAGAAAAUACGUAUUUCGUAGUUUGGUCUGUAGUUUAAAUAUAGAAAUUGUUGUGAAAUUUGACGAACAUUUUCCAAUAAAAAUAUAUGAAUGUUAAUACAUCAUUUAUACAAAUGAAUUUUUCUGAAAACUAAUUAUAUUCCUGCUAAUCUAAAUCUAUUCUCACUUUACACUUCACACUUUAAUAUUUAUUGCUAACCGUAAUUGUUACUAAUAUUUAAUUGAACACUGAAUGAUACUGUAUGUAUCAUAAACGUUUAAUUAUGUCGGAUUAAGUUUUAAUUGUUCCAAUCACAAGAUAUUAAAAUAUAAAAAAACAUCUCACGACAAGCUGUGUAAUGAGACAUAUUUAUUCUGUUACUACUCACCCAUUUCAUCGCCUCACAGCGUUUUUCACUAUAUAACGUGACAUGAAUUUCGGCUGUUCGAAAAUUAAAAGAUUUUCAAUCUUAAAAACAAAAUUCCCUUUAGUUGCUUCAAGAAAUUGUGCCCUGUAGAGAAUCUCCAACUAUUAAACAAUUCCGAUAAGAAUACUUUGUAAUCGACGAGAAGAUUUACUUUGAGUAGAAUGAGUGGUGCAGGUCAGACUCAUGGAUGCGUUUGAAUAACGCCUUUGGAGUACUAUGCCGAAUAACAUAUUACUCUUGAGAUACAAUGAAAUGAUAUAUUAUUUCUUUCAUGGUUAUUUCGUUCUUAAAAUGCAAUCACAUGAAAUUGUUUUGGAAAUAAUAAUUACCAACAAACGAAGAUGAUGAUUAAUAUAAUAAUUGAUGAACAAACACACGUUUCGAUAAAUUACAAAUAUACAGUGUGAUCAAGCAGGUUUAUAGUUUAGAAGUACAAUUCAUUGUUAUUUCAUACAUUAAAUUUGCAUCGUGAAACGAAGCAACUGUAAUGGGUAAUAAACGAACGUGAAUUCUU